GUUGAUUAGCUGUCCAAAUUGUCUGUCUCAUAAAAGAACAAAGUAAAGUGGAUUAAUGAUUUAUUAAUCCAAAACUUCCAACGUUCCCAUUUUCAAAAACCAAAUUGUAAUGGAGCCAAAUUUCUAUUCUAAAUCAUCACUUUCUCGUGUCACUUUUACUCCCACCAUCCCUUCCUCUUCACUCUUUCUACCUCUUUAAUCUGCAUUUUGAUCAAAUUCACAUAGCAAAUACAGAGCAGGAGAGUCAGAGCGAGCGACCGAGCAAGCUCGAGAAUCCGAGAAAGGGGCAAUGGGGUGGACGGUAUUCGCAUGUUUUGGUUGUCCAAACAAGAGAAAACGGCCUAAAACACCCUCAAAAUUCGGCUCCAAGAACAGAAGAAGAAUUCGAGGAUAUGAACCGUUGCAGUCAGAUAUACCGAAAGAGCUGAAUGAAUCAACUCCCCUCGGCAGCCUAAGAGAGAAGCAGAAAGAUGAACCGAAAGCAAGGAUCAGAAAGAAAGUGAGGUUUAAUUUGGAGGUGGUAACUUAUGAGCCAUUAAUCUCACAAGAAGAUGAACAUGAUGAUUACAACCGGGGAGAAAAAGGCGGCAAAGAAACCGAUCAAGCAACAGUAGCAGUAGAAGGCUGCUUAAUCUACACACCUCUCAGUAAAACUGUUUCAACUGAAUCAAAUUACAGAUACAACAGUUGUUAUGACGGUGAAGAUGAAUAUGACGAGGAUGAGGAUGAAUGUCAGAUUACUGAUGAUGAUGAUGAUGAAGAUGAGGAUGAAGAUGAAGAUUAUGAAGAUGAUGAUGAUGAUGAUGAUGGUUGCACAAUCGAUCCUCGGAUAAUUUACUACAACAAAGUAACAGACGAGCUUCGAGAUUGCUCAUCAGUACCUCUUGUCAGUUCUGCAACAAACGCGCGACUGAGGAGCCACUACAUUGUACCAGUUCUGAACCCUAUAGAGAACCUUUCCCAGUGGAAAACAGUCAAAACAAGGAAAUGCUAGUUUUUGAGUCAAGUGUGUGCUGAAAACAAAGGAAUGUAAGGAAUGAUGAUUCCGUUUUUUUUGGUUUCUUAGUGUGAAUUUUGUUUGUGUUGUGAAUGUCAAAGUUUUACUAGUAUCAGUAUACAUCCAUUUUUUUCCCUA